AUGUGCGAUCAUUGCUCAAAAGUUACCAGCCAAAAAGGAUACGCGGGUCAAGUGACGUGCAAAUGCGAACACGGCGAGAAAAAAAAUGGCGAAGGCAAGGAUAAGGACUUUGGCGGAUGUUGCUCCAAGAAAGCGAGGGAAGCGGCUGGUGGUUGUUGCAUGUCCGGUUGCUGCAAGGAUAAAGGAAAGCCGAAGGAACCGGAGGCUCCAUCGAGGUGUUGCGCCGAUAGAAAAUAAAGUCGACGAGAAUCGGAACCGUUUAUUCUCGCACGGAAAAUUUAUUUCGACAUCUCUUUUAUAUCUAUGUAAUAUAUCAUAACUUUGAUACAAACUUUCGU